AUGCUGUCGUCCCUCUUCCAACCAUGUGAGAUCAAACUGCAUCUGCUCCAGAACAGCCUUUUCCUCCACCCACCAGACCGCACUACACGCGGCGACCAGGAAGCGCUCCCUCCUACGUCUCAGGAUGAGCUCGUUCGUGGCCUCGUUGAGCUGUGGGUCCCUUCCGAACGUCACAUAGGUGGCAUCAAGGUUAAGCUCAAGGGUGUCCAGACCAUUGGCAUCCUCGAUUCUGCGACGAGUUCCAUGCUCAUCACCUGGGAGGACACAGUGGUGCUUGAGAAGACGCUCGAGAUUGGAGUCGCACAAAAAAAGGGCAAAGAGAAGGAAAAGGGGCGCAGCAAAAGCAGGCACGCCAGCCCGGAGCGCUCGGCCCCGACAUCGGCGUCAAGAUUACCGCUGAUCCCGCAUCGAAGCGACGAAGAUUCCUCCCACCACAGCCACCACCAUCACCACCACUACUUCCAUCGCAGCGGAACGUCUCGCUCUGGAACUCUCACACCCACGUUUGAGACACCUGACUCGCCCAGAUACCCGACCUCUACUUGCUCCUCGCGUGAAGAACACAACGCUGAUCGACCUGACCUUCUCUACCGCGGCUCCUCGUCUCGCACCACGCAUUCUGGAGGAGGACACGCUGGCUCGCACGACGAUCAUCACGCCGUCUGUCUCAACGGGGAUGCAUCUCCGUCUCACGAGCACCGCGAGCGGGAGAGGGACAAGCACAGACACAGCAUCGGCGGAGGUGGCCUGGCGAGCGCCAUCGCAGCCGCCAUGUCACGCGGCCGCUCAGCUUCCCGCAAGCCCGGAUCGAACUCCGUUUCGGUGUCCGCGAGGCACUCGCCCAACUCCAGUCGCGCACCUAGCAGGGCCAAUUCGCGCUCACGGCCGGCCAGCCGAGUCGCCAGUCGUGCGCCAAGUCCUGCCCCAGCCGCUACUGCAGGAGAUGAGGAAGGAGGAGACCUGCUGGCGCCGCCUUUGGACGCGGAGGGGAGGCGUACAUCGGUCCCCGGUCCGGCGAAUGUCAUCGGUGGAUCAAGGGUGUUCAGCCCCGCACCGCGGACAGCGCGCAGCACGAGCGGGACGAUUCCGUACUCGCAGCAGCGGGACGUGAGCGUCAUCGCGCCUGACUCUCCCUCGUCCACUUCUGAGAGGCCGCCGGCGGAGUCCACAUUUUCUCCACCGCGCUCGCAAGUUAGUGGCCAUGCAGAAGAUGUCGGCCCCAGCACAUUGAGCAGGCCUCCAACUGGUCGCGGUGGGAUCGGCUCCACUGCAAGUGCGCGCAGCGCAGCAGGCGCCGAAGAUGUCGGCAGGGCGUCGCUCGAAGACGCCGCGACGACACGCGGCCGUGGAGGACUCGGGAGCCUCCUCUCGCGUCCAUCUCUGGAGAAUGGCUUGUCAUCGAGAGGCAGCUCGAGCCAUGACAAUGCUGGCGGUGGCAGCUCAGCGUCCGAGCGCGCUUCCAGCGCUGCGCCUCAGCCCACACGAGGGCGCGGGGGCCUUGGCAAUAGCAAUAGCAACAACAGCAGCAGCAGCAGCACCGCACACCACGAUGCGCAUAAGCCGGCCACGCGCAGUGCGAGCGUCGCGCUCCCCCUCUUCGGGGGACGCGGCAAGGACCGCGCCGUUAGUCGCGGGCGUGGCCCCGUCAAGGAUGUGGACGCCCCAAGCGCGGAUAGGAGCACGAGCAUCGCCAGCGCAUCUGCUGCGAGCGAGAGCGCUACCGAUGGGAGUGGGCUGCAGCUUUCGAGGGGUGUGCACGGUUUCGAAUUCGCAUUCAUCAUCCCAGCUGACACACCUCCUUACGAGCGCUCCCCGUUCGGGCGCGUCCGCUACACGAUUAAAGCGACGGCGCUUGGCGCAGGCCGCGCCAAGUCGAACGUCGAAGCGCAUCGGGACAUAUUUCCAAUCGUCAAUCCUUCGUCCGACAACGUGCUGACGCCCAUGACGGUGCUGUACAAUGAUCUGCAUCCGACCGUCGGGCUGUUGAGCAUCACCUGCACAAGCAGCUCCGUCUCCGUCGGCGGCAUCUUUAACGUCGAUGUGCACUCCCCGAACCCACCGUCGGACCUGAUCGUCUACCUCGUCCGCGUGAUCCUCGAGACGACGAUCGAACUGCACACUCGCAAAAAAGGCAAGCAGAGUGUACCCACCCAGCGCCACAAAUUGUGGGAGCGUGGAUGGGUGCCUCCGCGUCCGAACGACCAUCUGGGGCCGGGUGACGGAAACAAGGCGCAGGGCUUCAUCAGAGACGCGGGCACAGAUCAUGCUUGGACGGUCCAGACGGUUGCGAGAAUUCCAGACGACAACGUCAUUCGUGCAACGACGAUGCCUGGCUCUCGUGCCGGUAUCCGCUUCUCUCACACAUUGGUGGUAGAGGUGGUGCACUCUCGCUCUCCUGCCUUUGAAGGCUUGCCGGAAGGAUCCGAACGCAAGCUGAAGGUCUUUGCGCUGAGGCAACCUGUCAUAAUCCCAUCUUGCUGCGUCGCCUACCACGCAGUCACGCUGCCCGAAUACUCGGAAUCCGACAACAUUCCGCGCUCGCCAAACAUGCCGUAUGACAUUGGCAUUCAACAUAUCGGCGAGCCUGGUGCACCUGCGACACUCCCUCCUGAUGCGCCGUGGGCCAACACUGCGCUGCCCCAGCACGGCUCGCGACAUGACUACUGCGUAUGCGGGCAGACAAUUGCUGACCUCACGGCACGUGAGCGCGCCCUGAUCCCGCGAAUGGCGGGCAUGACGAUCCUGGGCGAUCAUGUACACAACCGUGGGAAGAUUGGAGAGUUGCCCGAGCCAGAGCCUGUGGGCGAGCGCCUGCGUCGCAGCCUUAGCAGGAGCUCUUCCCGUUCUCACCGUUCGGCUUCCGUCACCCGUGGUGGCGCAGCAAUGGCAAGGUCCAUCAGUCGCAGUUCGAGGAUCAGCACAGCGAGCAGCGCGACACUGCACACAGAAGGUAUCACGAUUGUCGGCUCUGGCGCCAUGGUCGCGCAGGACCGAUCUGUGCAUCCAGGAGCUGAGCCGGGCUCAUUCGACGCGCCCCCAUCAUAUUGCAGCGUUCAGGAAUGCGAAGAGGAACCACGUGGACGUUCUGUGGCUCGGUGA